AGCGGAAGGAGUCUUUCAGCGACGUAACAAGAUUGCUGGAGGAGAUGGAGGUGGUUAUAAACUCCGAGAAAUAGAAAUCGGAUAUAGUGUUGUGUUAAAAAUAGAAAGAAAGAGAAAGCAAGUCGAAUUGUUCGCAACAGGGGCUGUGAGAGAAAGAGCAAAGACCGACAAAACAGGGAAACCUGGGGAGAAUUAAAAUAGGGUUAUUUAAAGGGAGCCAACGAUAUACGAAUUGUAAACAGAUAAGGCCAAGCUGCCAGAAAUACCUCUGAAGUACGUGUAUCGCAAAGAAACCAACCAAUAAGUUUAACUGUUCAAGUGUGGAAUAUCAAGUGGAGUUUAAUUACGAUCAAAAACUAACUGGCGAGUUUAUAUAAUUUACUAACCGCACAUUAUACGCGAGAAAGGAAGACAAAACAGCGUCACACCCACUGUCAAUAAAAUUAAGAAACUGGCACAUUCUGUGACUACACGCUUAACACAGGAAAUAUGAUUUUGUUAUAUUCUAAAUAGCGUAUCGUGCUGUUUUCAAAGUGACAGCGAUAUAUUGUUGCUUUGCUUGUGUAGUUGUCGGUUAGAUUAUUACGAUUAAGUACAGAAAUAUUUAAUAAACCGAGCCUCUGAGUGGCUGUCGUUGAUUUUAUAUUGCUGUUAUUAAUAUUGGUACUUUAUACAGUUGUUAGCUGGGGUAACCGCAUUGCCAGUGGUAGGAUGCCGCUACUUUUCUUGGAACGGUUCCCUUGGCCCAGUUUGCAAACCUACACUGGUCUUAGUGCGGUGUUGCUGGUUGGCAGUGUACUCAGCGCCUAUCACACAGUGACCGAGCCAGUCCAGGAGGAUCUCGGUACCGAAUACAACUCUAAAAUUCUGCCCAGUUCGACCACAGAUCCUGAAAUCCAAGACUUCAACAGCGGGGUGGCUACAGACGUAUUUUGGUACCUCGUUUCAGACAGUUUCUUUGUAUGGGUUCUUGUAAACACAGCCUGUUGUUUCCUGAUGCUAAUUGCUAGAAUUAUCCAAUGCAUGGUGUUUGGCCCCUUGCGUGUCAGUGAGAGGCAGCACCUGAAGGACAAAUUCUGGAACUUCAUCUUCUACAAGUUUAUAUUUAUCUUCGGGGUCCUGAAUGUCCAGUCUGUGGAGGAGGUUGUGAUGUGGUGCCUCUGGUUUGCUGUUUUGGUUUUCUUGCACCUCAUGGUCCAGCUCUGCAAAGAUCGCUUUGAAUAUCUGUCUUUCUCACCCACCACCCCGAUGAGUAGUCAUGUCCGAGUUCUGUCCCUGCUGGUGUCCAUGCUGCUUUCCUGCUGUGGGCUGGCUGUAGUAUGUGGCCAUAUCCACGUAUUGCACACUGUUGCCUUCAUGGCUGCAGAGUGUCUGCUAGUCACAGUCCGAACAGGUCAUGUCAUCAUGCGCUACACUAUCCACCUGUGGGACCUCAAUCACGAAGGCACCUGGGAGAGCAAGGGUACCUAUGUGUACUACACAGACUUCUGCAUGGAGCUGACCUUGCUCUCCUUGGACCUGACUCAUCACAUCCACAUGUUGCUCUUUGGUAAUAUCUGGCUCUCCAUGGCCAGCCUGGUUAUUUUCAUGCAGCUCCGGUACCUCUUCCAUGAAGUUCAGCGCAGGAUUCGACGUCACAAAAAUUACCUUCGAGUGGUUGGAAACAUGGAGGCGAGGUUUGCCGUAGCCACCGCCGAAGAACUGGCUGCCAACAACGAUGACUGUGCAAUAUGCUGGGACUCAAUGCAGGCCGCUCGAAAACUGCCAUGUGGACAUCUUUUCCACAACUCCUGCCUGCGUUCCUGGCUAGAACAGGAUACUUCCUGCCCUACGUGUCGCAUGUCCCUGAAUAUCAACGAGAACAGCAGAGCCAGAGAAGACAGGCAGAGGGAGAACUUGGGAGAAAACAUCGGGCCAGUGCCGGGAGCCGAGGCCAGGCCUCACAUCAACCACCACAACCACUUCUUUCAUUUCGAUGGCUCCCGGAUUGCAAGCUGGCUGCCCAGUUUCUCAGUGGAGGUGAUGCACACAACUAACAUCCUUGGUAUUACACAGGCUAACAACUCCCAACUCAAUGCUAUGGCACACCAAAUCCAGGAAAUGUUUCCCCAAAUCCCUUACCACCUAGUGCUCCAGGACCUGCAGUUAACACGUUCAGUAGAAAUUACUACUGACAACAUCCUGGAGGGAAGAAUCCAGGUGCCUUUCCCCACGCAACCAAGUGAGCGAGUACCCCUGGAGCUCGGUCCAGGCACAGAUGAGGCUGCUGGAGCCAGUGGAAGCUCUGAGAGUGUACCCAAUGAAACAGAGGACUUUGAAGCCAGGGGAAGUCGUUUCUCCAAGUCCGCUGAAGAGAGACAGAGAAUGCUUCUGCAGAGGAAGGAUGAGCUUUUACAGCACGCACGCAGGCGAUAUCUUAAUAAAAGCCCUGAUCAGGAGGAAGAGGUGGAUGAAGAAGAGGAUGAAGAAAGUAUCCUCUUCUCAGGGCGGAGUUCCUCUAAUACAGACUCUCUUACAGUGCGGCGCAGGAUGCUGGCAGCUGCAGCAGAAAAGAGAAUGGAGAGGCAGCAGGACCCUCUGCUAUAAGGACUUCUGGAGGGAGAUACAGUGAUGCUAGAUCAUGCUAGACCAACAGCAGAAAGUUCUUCUUGAGUAAACUGACUGGAGCAGUGUCACAGUUACAAAGCAAAAAACUGAAACAACAACAAAAAGGGCAAAAUUAAGCUUUUUUUAAAAAAAAAAAUUCACACCUCACCGACAAAAUAAAGUUUUUUUUUUUUUUAAUGCAAGCAUGACACUUUGCCUAAAUUGCCUGGCUGUUUUUAGGUUGCCUUAGAAAGACAGACCUUUGUGGGACUUUUAUCAUAGACUGUUGCUGUUAACAAAACCAAAUACUGUAGCAUUUAGCUUUUAAAAUCUAUAUAUAUAUAUAUAUAUAUAUAUAUAUAUAUAUAUAUAUAUAUAUAUAUAUAUAUAUAUAUAUUUUUUUUUUUUUUUAGACAAGCGCAGAUCAAAUAACAAGGUAUAUAGCAUUUGGUUUAUCAAAUGCAGAGUGAUUUCUAUUGGUUUCAAUUAAAUUCCUAAAAUUCCUGUUUACAGUAAGAGUUAAAUUAGCCGUCAUUUGUCUAAAUGAUUUAAAACAGAAAGGACUUGUGUCUAUUUUUCUAGAGAUGCUGGCACUUGGUCUGAGAAUCUAGCAGCAGAUCAAGUUGCAGAUUCAAGAAUCACACACCCCUAUAGUAUUUUGAAAAGGUUUUGUACUUGGGAGUGGCAAAACUGUGGACUGUACUGCGGAGAAGCAGUGGGGAGAAAGUUUUGUUAUUCAUUUUAUUGCCAUAUACAGUAUCGCAUCUAAGGAUGGAUUAGUGUUUAACAGAUUACACAUUUUGGAACCUAUUUAUACAGCAAUAUGUUAACCCAUCAAAGAAAUAUAUAACCCACAGUGUCUGUUUACAGCUUUGUCUAAAAUGGUAUGAGGAUGUGAAAUACAAACAAGGCUCUUGUGUUUUUACUGAGACGAAAAUCUUGAAGCUGCAGGUAGGAAGCAUAACUUUUCAUUUAUAGUAUUUAUAGUUUUGUUUAACAUUUUGGUAGUCUGAAUAAGCUUGCUUUUGAGUGAAAGAUUAAAAGCAUUAUAUUAAGAGCUGCUGAUUCAAAUCUGGAAGUUGCUUUUGAGGGCCAAGUUUGAGAUGUAUUCAAGAUCAAAUAGUGCUCCUAUAAUUAAAAUAGCACUCCCAUAAUGUAAAUCAGUCUAGAUAAAGCAAGAAGCUAAUCGAAAGCUUAUAAUAAGGACUUAGAAAUACUAAGAAACAACAAAUUGAAUGACAAAUGUUUCCACUAGAAGUCUUCAGUAUCUUCUUUUUGGAGACAUUGAAAAGACUUCUGGUCGAAAUGUAUUUCUAAGUUCAGCACUAUUUAAUGUUUAAUUGUUCUGGAUGAUUCAUCGUAGCAUCAUAAGCAUUUACCCACGUUUUGUUCUUUUAGCGCUGCAUGGUGCUUUACAGACUUUAAAAGCUGUGCUGAUCACAAAACAAUCGUAUACAAGAUAACAGUUUUUCCAGAUUUUUUUUUUUUUUGUAAUAAUUUGGCUGCAGCAUCUGAAGUACAUUGUUUUUCGUAAUUUAAAUGUUGGGAACCCAUGUACCCCAGCUGACCAACACUAUUAGAAUCACAACAUUUAGUUGCACACUGACCUAAUCCAAACAAUUACCAGGGUUUUGUUGAGAUUGAGUUUGAUUCCGUUGGAGGUUGCACCAGCAUUUAAAUUUCCCGUAUGUCAGAAAAAAAAAAAACACUGCAUUUAAAAAAAAAAAAAAAAAAAAAAAAAAAAAAAAAAAAUUUGAAAAAAAAGAGCUUUGUAUGUAAGAAGCCUUUCAGUGUUCCAGAUGUCGAUGGAUCAUGUUUGAAAUGUCAUUGUUACUUAGUCCUGCUGCACAAAAAUAUCUUUGUAGCAAAAGUUUUAAAGGUAUUUGUUAAUGUGAUGUGUUACAUAUAUAUCUCUACCAUCCCAAAAUACAGUAUUUUAUAUUGUCAAGCAAUACGGUACUAUCGUCCACGUUGAGACUUCUACAGGUGGGUUUACCAAUUGAGAACAUGUUUUAUGAAGCUGGAAAGGCAUAACUUACUUGAUUUGUUUUUGAUAACCUCCAAAGUAUUUGUGCCUAAGUAAAAAAAAAAAAAAAAGAGGACUACAGCAUAAUGUGCAAAUAUAUAAACUGUAGAAGCUGAUGAUAAAUAGAUUUUUGUAAAUCAUUUUUUUAAUGACAAAAGACUGAUUUUUAUUAAAAACAUUUUGCUCGCCCUGCAAAAGGAAAUAAGCUGCAGAGCUACAAUAGAAGCCUUUAACCAAACCUAACUUCAUUUUUUAAAGUGAUGCAUUUUAGUCUUUUUAAGAAGUUUCCAUUCAUCUAAUUUUCAGAUUGUCUGCUGUUUUUGUUUGAGCUUUUAAUUGUUCAAUAAAUAAACUGCCAUUACCUGUU